AAGAAGAAAAGCUGUUCUUUACUUAUCUUAGAAUUCCGAUUCCUUUCACCUCUACUGGUCCUCCGAGUUGACUCAGCGAUUCGAUCAACAGGAUGCCAUAUUCAAGAGAAGAAAGAUCUCUUUCGCCUCGCAGAGGUCGUCCGUUGAGAUCAUUGUCUAGGUCGAGGAGAAGCCUUUCCAGGAGUCGUGAUUCUGAUGGCGCGGACAAUCCUGGAAAUAACUUGUAUGUGACAGGCUUAUCCACAAGAGUUACAACCAGUGAUCUUGAGAAGUUUUUUGGCAAAGAAGGAAAGGUUGUGGCGUGCCAUCUGGUUACAGAUCCUCAUACCAAGGAAUCUCGUGGGUUUGGUUUUGUUACUAUGGAAACUGUUGAAGAUGCAGACCGGUGCAUUAAACAAUUGAAUCGUUCAGUGCUUGAAGGUCGAUUAGUCACUGUGGAAAAGGCUAAAAGGAAGCGAGGAAGGACGCCAACUCCAGGCAGGUAUCAAGGUUUGCGAGAUAGGCAAGGAAAUGGUCGUAGACAUUCUCGCAGCUACUCACCACGUCGACAGCAAGACAAAGAUUCUUGUUCAAGGGACCGCCGUGGAAGGUCACGUUCUCCGCCUGACAGGAAGAUGGAUGAUUAUUCUGACUCUUAUAGGAGGCGCAGGGAGCACUUGGUGUCAGAUGGCGGUAAUGGCCAUCGUAAAUAGAUCCAAACCAAUUCAAUCAGAUGUCAUAUCUUCAACAUGAACUUGGACUUUUCAUGUUAAGUGUAGAUUAGAUUAGUAGCUUGCCUUUUGUUUUGUAACUGUGUUCCAUCAUCAUGCCGUAUGUUGACAUAUGAAGUCGACGCCGUCGCCUUUCUCUUUUGCUGAUCUGUGGGUUCUAUGAGGAGACAUGCAUGGCUUGAGGUCGCGGAUAACAGUCUUUUGGUAAGAAGAUUGUGCAUGAGUUUCAGUAAAAACUUCUAUUAGUUGGAAUCACUCUCGCAGUAUGUUGGUUCUAAAUUUGAAUGUUCUGCUAACUUGGUGCUAUUCUCUUUGGUAUUUGUAUAUCAAGCAUUUGGCAAGGAUAUAAUAGUUUCGGACAUUCUAGUUUUGGUUUGCUAACCAAAAUAUAUGAACCGUUCAAAAGA